CGCGGCCUUCACAUCUUUUUGUCUGAGAACUGGAUCCCUCUGCCGCUCUACAGUGUGUGCGAUAGCUCGGAGCCGCGUCCGUAACACACUGUCAAACCACUCCAAACGAAUACAACCGCGACCAAAAGCAUUAAUUCAACACCUUCUGCCAUGGCGUUUCUAAUCUGCCGGUAAAAUCGGUCGUAUUUCUGACCGCUCGCUAGAACUUAGUCCGGGCUUGAAUCGGGCUUGCUUUCUGUGUGCAUCAGUCUUUAUUAGCGAGCUGGCGCUCUUCUUGCUAUCAGCUAUUUCUUUAACUUUUUUAAACACUCAGCUUCGCGAAUGACUGAGCGCCGGCGGAGUAUGGGAUCCUUGGUGUCUUAGGAAGCGACUGAAGUGGGGUUUUAACCGUUUUUGCAUGCAAAAACAAUGGCAAAUUCGACGGGGAAAAAUCUACCAGAUCAGCGAAGGAAAGGACAGGCUUUCCUGGACGAGCUGCGGCAAUUUCACCAAAGCAGAGGAUCGCCGUUCAAGAAGAUUCCUAUCGUGGGUGGGAAAGAGCUGGAUCUGAAUGCUCUCUAUAUCAGAGUCGUCUCUUUAGGUGGAUUUGCUAAGGUCUCUGACAAAAACCAAUGGUCUGAACUUGGAGAAGAGUUUAACUUUCCGAGGGGUUGUUCCAACGCUGCAUUUGCUUUAAAACAGUACUACCUUAGAUACUUGGAGAAGUAUGAGAAGGUCCACCACUUCGGCGAGGACGAUGAGGAAGUGCAGCCGGGGAAUCCCAAAGCUUCUCUUCCAAUCGGUGCAAUUCCCUGCUCUUAUAACUACCAGCAACACACUGUAUCAGACUAUCUCCGCCAAAGCUAUGGACUGUCCACGGAUUUCGUUCCGCCGUGCGACUACAACAAACUGGUGCUGUCUCUCCUGUCGGGCCUACCCAACGAGGUGGACUUUGCCGUCAACGUUUGCACUCUGCUGUCCAACGAGAGCAAGCACGCCAUGCAGCUGGACAAGGACCCCAAGCUGGUCACGUUGCUGCUGGCCCACGCCGGCGUCUUCGACGACUCGCUAGGCAGCUUCUCCGGGGUAUUUGGGAUGGACUGGAAGGAGAAAACCUCCCGGGACUUUAUCAGGUUCUGGAAGGAGGUGGUGGAGGACGCCGAAGUCAGGGAGCUGAUCUGGGACAAGAGCAGCCCAGCACACGACGGUACGUCGAGUGAGGAGCGCUGGCAGAGCCUCUUUCACCCGCCGCGGGACCCGGGGAUCAGCGACAUGGAGGGCCAGCGGGUGCUGCAGGUUGCCGUCAUCCUGCGAAACCUCUCCUUCGAGGAGGCCAACGUCAAGCUGCUGGCGGCCAACCGAACGUGCCUGCGCUUCCUGUUGCUGUGCGCCCACUGUAACCUCAUCUCCCUCCGACAGCUGGGGCUCGACACGCUGGGCAACGUGGCUGCUGAGCUCCAGCUGGACCCCGUCGACUUUCGUACAACCCAUCUGAUGUUUCACACUAUCACCAAAUGCUUGAUGGCCAGGGACAGGUUCCUCAAAAUGAGAGCCAUGGAGAUCUUGGGCAAUCUCAGCAAGGCAGAGGACAACGGCGUGCUGAUCUGCGAGUACGUGGACCAGGAGUCGUACAGGGAGGUGAUAGCGCUCCUCACCCUGCCGGACCUCAUGCUCCUCAUGGCCUCGCUGGAGGUGCUGUACCUGCUGGCCCAGCUGGGGGAGGUUCCCUGCAGCAAGAUAGCCUCUGUCGACCACAGCAUAGACCUGUUGGUGCGGUUAGUAUCGGUGGACCUGCACACAUUCGGGCCGGACGCCCUCACAGCGGUGCGGUUGAUCGAGCACCAGGCCAGUGCCAACCAGGUGGCCGAGGUUCGGCCGCAGCUGGUAGAGCAGGUGCCUGCAGCCAUGCAGGGCGCGCCGGUUCCCGUAACGAGGGUCCCCGUUCAGUCCACUCCUCCACCACCUGGUAUCGUUGAGCUGGAUGGGGAGAAGUUUGUACUGCAGUGGCUAAACGCGCACUUUGAGGUUUAUCCCGAGGGGUCGGUGUCCCGAUCAGAAAUGUACUCUGAGUACUUGGCCACGUGCAGCAAAAUGGGACGAAGCAACAUCCUGAACUCCACUGGCUUCCUCAAAUGUCUCCGCACCGUGUUCCCCAACCACACGAUGCGGCGGCAGGACGAGGCUAAGUCCAACGGCCAGGUUCAUAUCCUCCUGAUGGGGCUGAGGCGGAGGGCAAUCCCCCUGCCCAUCCAGCUGUACUACCAGCAGCCUCAGCAGCAGCAGCAGAGCCCGGCAGCACCUCCUCCACCACUGGCAGCCCGAACCGAGGCUGCUACAGACCCUCAGGCCCUGCCUCCAGGUUUAGCUCCCGGUCAUCCUGGUCUGGGACCCCAGUUUGUCCGAGCCCCGGCCCCCAGCAUUGGCACUGGCGGUGCCGCCCCACCCAUGGCCUUCACCGCACAGGAACCUCCCCACGUGGCCCAUCCAGCUGUCCCCCGGCAUCCGGUGCCUCCGAAUCCCCUUGCAGCAGCCCAGCAGCAGCAGCAGCAGCAGGUCCGGCCUGGCCCAGUGGUCCAGAUCCCCACGUCGGCGCCGGCGAUGCAGAACCACAGCCCACAGAAUCUCCCCGCUCCGACUCCUGCCCAGCAACAGCAGCAACACUCCCCCAUGCUCCCCACAGGGACCCCCGUCACACUGUUUCAGCAGGUACCGCAGGGACACAUCCUCACCGCCAGGGUGCAGGGUGUGCGACCGCCCCUGCCCCAGACCCCUCCCCUGUCUGGGCCUCAGGGUGGAGCUCCGCAGCAGGAGCCUCACUGUGUGGCUGGGGCGUCUGUGUCAGCUCCCUCCUCCUCCAUCCAGAACUUCCAGGUGGGGGGCGGGCAGGUGUUCACUAUCGCUGGUGUGCCCAAUGCUCAGGGCUCACGGGUCACCUUCCAGAAUAUUGCCCCAAAACCGGCGCCAGCCCCAGCUGGCGGACCAGCAACCACGAUUGCCACUCCUAGCCAGCAGCCGCAGCCGCAGCAGCAGAGUGUGGUGAUAGUCAGCCCCAACCCUCAGCAGAGCCCCGCCUACACCCCGGCCAUACACCAGAUUGUUCUUGCCAACCCCUCCACCAUGCCUGGUGCCCAGACUAUUCAGAUAGCGGGGCAGCCUGCGGCCACUUCCAGCCCCUGCCCUCCCCCUGCCGCCAACGUCCCAUCUCACUCCAAUGCCCAGGUGCUGUCCGUGAAGCGACCGCAGCCACAGCAGCAUCAACCGCAGCAUCAACCACAGCAUCAACAGUUGCCGCCGCCACCGCCACAGCAACUCCAAAUCAUUUCCCAGCCUCCUCCUUCUCAGCCUACCUCCACUGAGUCCAGCUUGAUCAAACAGCUACUGCUUCCAAAGCGAGGGCCAACCACACCGGGGGGCAAGCUGAUCCUUCCCGCUCCACAGGUGCCUCCUCCUAACAGCAGCACGCUCUCCCCGAGUCCGCAGGUCAUCUACCAGGCGGGCUACAGUGCGCAGGGCCCGUCUCCUCAGCCACAGCAGCUCAACGUCCAGCUGCUGCCAGGCCAGCUCCAGGCCCCGGGCGGCCCCGCCCUGCAGACGGUGCAGCUACUGCCGGGCCAGCUUAUCUCCGCCAGUAGCCCAGGGGCAGCUACCAUCAUCCAGGGCCCUGCUGCUGGCGGGCAAGUCACCUUCACUGUGGUGCCCAACACCGGCUUCACCUCCUCUGCCGCUGCUGCUGCUGUGAGCCAGGGCGCCGUGGCCCCGGGCGUCCCCCCGCCUCCGUUCCCUACUGGGACAGCACCUCAUCACGGCCCAGCAGCCCCGCCGCCACCACCACCGCCACCACCACCGCCGGCUCCCCUCAGAGGAGACAAGAUCAUCUGUCAGAAGGAGGAGGAGGCCAAGGAUGCCACGGGGCUGCACAUCCACGAGAGGAAAAUCGAGGUGAUGGAGAACUCCUCACUGGCAGAAGGAGGCUCCUCGAACGGCAAAACCAGUAACGGUGACGUGGCGGCAGGGGCCAAGCUGCUAAAUGGGAGGAAGUGCAUGGAGUCAAAUCUACCUCCAUACCACUCAGGGAACAGCCAGGGGGCACUCAAUGGCCCGGCCGCUGAGGGUCACCCUGCUAACGGGAAGCAGGCCCUCUCCCCUGGCCUGAACGCCCCGCUGGAGGGCAACCCCGACCCCAAAAAGACUCUGGUCAAUGGGGUGUGUGACUUUGAGCGGGGUGACAGUGGUGGCAACUUUAACAAAAACAUUCCAAAUCACAUUGCUUCCAAACAGUACUUGGGGAAUGGGGAGGUGGGCCCCACUGAGAAGAGCCAUGGCUCGGACCCCCCUCUCCCCAGCCCUCCUCCCCCUCAGCAGGACACUGCCAAAGCCCAGCAGGCGGAGCGCCUGGCCAACGGACCCCAGGUGGCAGGCGCUAGGCCACCCUCGGAGUUAACCAACGGACCUUUGGGGCCUGGCCACGCCGUGCCUGUGCUAAGACAGCAACUGCUCCCCAACGCCCCCCUCCCCUCCUCUGUCACUGUUACCUCGCAGAGUCCUGUUGCCGCUCCGGCCAACGGGGUAGCCCCUGAGGCACGAGGCCUCAAGAGGCCGGCCGAGAGCGAGGACCGUACUACAUCGGUGGCGGCCUCGGGGAUCCCUAGUAAAGUUGGAGUGCGGAUCAUCACCAUCAGUGACCCCAAUAACGCCGGCAGCAGUGCCACCAUGGUGGCAGUGCCAGCAGGAACAGACCCAAGCACAGUAGCCAAAGUAGCAAUAGAGAACGCCACUCAGCAGAGGAACUGCUCCCCCACGCAGGCAGCUGGCUCUACGCCGACCGUGACCCCCUCCCCGCCCCCGCUGUCCCAGCCUGCAGCGAUGGGCAGCCCGAGCCCUCACCUCCCUGCGCAGCAAACCCCCACAGCGCCGCCGGAGCAAACCAGGAAAGCAGGGCAGAACUUCAAGUGUCUGUGGCAGUCCUGUAAACGGUGGUUUGAAACGCCGUCUCAGGUGUUUUACCACGCAGCAACGCUGCA